GAUACAUGUUGCAAACUUUCGUGACAUCAUUUGCUCACUUGCCGUUGAGCCUCUUAUUGUAUGAACUUUCCCGAAAGCCUCAAUUUGGUUGAUUCUUCUAAAAUUGCGCCUUCCAUGGGCUCCCGAGACAUUUUACGAGGAAGAUCAGGUUGUUCGUGUCAUGCUCCAUGAACUUGCCCAUAUGCCCAUGGCCCUCACGACGAAUUUUUUCUACAAGUUUCUAGCUGCACUCGAGGACGAGUAUGAUGCACUAGUGCACUCUGGCUACGCUGGUGAAGGCUUCCCUUCUCCUGGCCACCAACUGGACGCAGGGGUAUCACACGACCUUCCGCCGCACUUGGCUAGACUCAAAGCUCUUGAAGUUGCCGAGAAGAGGCAUCGCGCAAAUGGUGUUCUCGGCGGCAGCAGGUUACGAGGUCGCAGAAUCACUGCAGGCAUAGAUCUUUGUGAACUGGGCGCACAGGUCCUUCACGUUUUCCGUCUCCUGAAGAUACACAUUGGUGCUACCUUUCGCAGGCUGCUGAGCGUAGAAAGCGUGAUGAGAUCGAGUGUGGGUCGAGUACACUUUCCCAGCGCAAAGCCGAGAGAGCGGCCAAGGAAAGCAUCGAAGACAUCAUCAACCUUACUGACAAUUCCCCCCAGAACCGUGGUCUUGUCCUGUGUGCACACUUCACGAUGAGCCCAUUGUGCUGCAGUGUGCAGUAUGCUUCACUGUCCGUCCUUUCAACUCGCCCAGGACUGCGAAUCAAUCACGUGUUGCUACUGGACCAUUGAGGCCACAGAGUAGUGCUUCCGGAUCAAUCUCUACUAACUCACAAAAACAGUCUAGAGUCAUUGCAGUGAGGCAGUCGAGCAAUGCCAAGGACCCCACGCCUCCUCGCAAAUAGGCUGAGACCUCAGCUGAUGGUGG